AUGAUCGUUACUCCUAAACUGUAAAUCCUAUUUUCAAAAAUUAAACACAUUUUUGUAAACAAUCACCUUUUCUAUCUAAUUUUAAUGUUAAUUUUAAUUGAGCUUAACUCGGAGAGAUCUUACAUCAAAAAUGCUUGACAAAUGCAUGCCAAUGUCAGAUAUACAUAUAAACUCAAACAGUACGAAACCUUCUUUAAAAUGUCUGAUAUUGACUAUGAGGAUACCUUAGUGCAUAAACCUAUACCAGAAAUAUCACAUGUUUUUCAAGAUGACGAAACCGCAUAUUCCGUCUUGGAUAAUGAAUCGAUGCAAUUACCACCACUGGGAAAAUGGAGUGAUAUAAUGACAGAGUAUAACGCCAAAAGGGAGGAGAUUGAGCAGUACCUAAGAAAUAAAAAUGGAGAAGAUGAGAAAUUAUUAAUCGACAAUCAUCCUGUCCUCUCCAAAUUGAAUUUGCAUCUCUUUCCCCUAAUUUGUCAAGGAUUAUGCAAAAUUCUUGAGAAAGUUCGAGAGGAACAAAGUUGUUACCGUCAAAAAAGUGCUUUUAAUGGACUCGAUUAUUUAAGUGAAUACCUUUAUAACAUGAACAUCAACUAUCCGAAGAGAAGGGAAAAUUGGACUUACAUUUUUGAUAUGGAGUGGGUUGAAAAAUUUCUAGAAAAAAAUCCAAGACCUUUCUAUCCGUUUUCGUUAAUUUGGAGCCGGGAAUAUGCUGCCCUGAAAAUUCAAUCGUAUAUGAGAGGAUAUUGGGUUAGAAGAAGAGAUGAAGUUCAAGAGCUGAGAAUGUUUUGGAAGGUGAGUCACAGGUCACGAUGGACCAAACGAGCACUCCAGGAGCUAAUAAUAAGUAACACACAUAAUUCUCAUUUAUUUAUGUAUUUAACGGAAUAAAUUAAAAUCACAACUACAA